ACAGCUGACGAGAACAACGGCGAUGGGUGUUGUUUGUUUGUUUGUCCCGCCAGUUGCCCAUGUUGCUGUGCAGCAGCUGUGAACGCGAGCAGAGGAGUGGAGCGGGCCUUCGCGCAGGCGCCUUUAAUUGUUUUGACUGAAAAUGCCGUCGGUUUCGAAAACGGCGGUGAGCGCUUCUCCUCAAACAGAGAAACCAACCCACUACACCUAUUUAAAGGAGUUCAGGACCGAACAGUGCCCGCUGUUCUUGCAACACAAGUGCACUCAACACAGACCCUUUACGUGUUUUCACUGGCAUUUCCUAAACCAGCGGAGAAGACGACCCAUCAGAAGAAGAGAUGGGACUUUUAACUACAGCCCAGAUGUUUAUUGUACAAAGUACGACGAAACUACUGGCAUUUGUCCAGAUGGAGACGAUUGCCCGUACCUGCACAGAACGACCGGUGACACGGAGAGAAAGUACCAUCUGCGCUACUACAAGACUGGCACCUGCAUCCACGAGACCGAUGCCAGGGGGCACUGCGUCAAGAACGGGCUCCACUGUGCCUUUGCUCACGGUCCACACGACCUGCGACCCCCGGUCUACGACAUCAGAGAGAUCCAGGCUCAGGAGGCUCUUCAGAACGGACAGCUGGGGACGGGGGAGGGCAUCCCUGACCUGCAGCCGGGAGUGCUGGCCAGUCAGGCCAUGAUCGAGAAGACUGUGACCGAGGACCCCCGCUGGCAAGAUACCAACUUUGUUCUGGCAAACUACAAAACAGAGCAGUGCACCAAACCUCCACGACUAUGCAGACAGGGCUACGCCUGCCCACACUACCAUAACAGUAGAGACAGGAGGAGAAAUCCACGCAAGUACAAGUACAGGUCUACACCGUGCCCCAAUGUGAAGCAUGGGGACGAGUGGGGAGAGCCCUCCAAGUGCGAGAGCGGAGACAGCUGCCAGUAUUGCCACUCCCGCACCGAACAGCAGUUCCACCCAGAGAUUUACAAAUCCACAAAAUGCAACGACAUGAGGCAGACUGGCUACUGUCCCAGGGGGCCAUUCUGUGCAUUUGCACAUGUAGAGCGAAUACCUUCCACCGAAGAGACGAUGAAUUCGCUGCUCACUGUGAUGCACUCGGGCUCCCAGUCAAAGAUGUGCCCCCAGCAGUACUCUGAGUGUCUGGUCAGCGAGUGGGGAGGCAACACAAACGCCGUCACCAGCACUGCGGGCAACAACGGCCAGCACGACAACGUUUCAUGCUGUAAUAGUCUGACUGUAACGUCAAGCUCAGGAAGCAACAGUUCAGUGUCCCCAGUUGGACCCAUUGGCAGGCCAAAAAGCAUUACUAAUGGUAGCUUAUGUUCAGAGUCAACCACCUCCAGUGUUUCCUCUCCGACAUCUAACUAUCCCAAAGCUCCGGGCUUUGAGCGUGAGGAUCAGGCAAAGUUUCUGAAGGGUUAUCCAGAUAGUCAAAAACUACUGGACCAAGACAAACAGAACCUUAUCAGUGUGUUCUCCGCGGCGAACCCUCUGGCUUGCAGUAUCACGUCCAGUAUAACAUCCAGUCUGGCCUCCAGCAUCGGCUCGGACAGCUCCUCCCCAACCACGCUUUCCACCAUGAAUGCAAAAGCAACCCCCUUCUAUCCCGGUAGCAAUACAGUCGAAUCAGUCGUAGGCUCUGCGCUUGACCUGAAUUUUUGUGAUGUCAACGUAGCUUCUCUUGAUAAAGAAUUUGAAGAACAGGAAAACGGCGACAUCGAUUUAUCAAGUCAGAGGUUGUUGGGCAGUUCGGCCCCUGUGAACAUCCCUGGUUCUCUGGCGCGCUCGUCCUCCCUGCACUCCUCCUCCUCUCUAUCGGCCUCUCCUCUGAGCUCCCUGUCCCAGUCCUUCUCCCAGUCCCUCCUGUCCGGCAUGGUACCCCAGCAAAAUCAGCCCCAGGCCCAUCCCAGCAAGACGGAGCACGGCCUCCUGGGAACGUCAGUGUCCUCCCAGAAUGCUCUCGGUCUGAACGGAGGCGCCGGCGGCAGCAUAUGGGACUUUGUGAGCGGGAGCUUCUCGCCCAGCCCGUCGCCGGUGUUCAGCAGCGUCGCCGCGGCGACCCCCGGCGGCGCCGACCUGCCCCGGCUGCGCAGGGAGCUGGACGAGGCCAAGCGGAAGAUCAAGCAGUGGGAGGACGCCUGGCAGCAGGUGAAGCAGGCCUGCGACGCCUGGCAGAAGGACGCUCAGGAGGCGAAGGAGCAGGCCAAGUCCGCCGAGGCGGAGCGGCAGCUGGCCGCGCAGAAGCGCGAGGACGCCGAGCGGCAGCUCAAGCGGCUCCAAGAGGGCUUCGACGCCGUGUGCCGCUCCCCCGGCACGCCUCUGCUGCGCAGCUACGGAGAGCCCGACCGCCUGCCCCUCCCCAAGCUCCUCUCCGUCCAGUCGCAGCUGCGCGCAGACCUGGAGCUCGUAGACACGGUAAUAUAUCAGCUUCAGUCAAAGAAAUGUAUAGUUUGCCAAAAGCAUGAUCGUUCCAUUGUCCUGCAGCCUUGUCAACAUUACGUACUUUGUGAGAACUGUGCACCCGGCAAAACGGAAUGUCCUUACUGCAAGACAAAAAUACUGAAAUGGUGAUGUAGAACUAUUCACGGUACUACUUCUGGAUAUUGAACUAUGUAAUGUAUUAUGCUAACAGUUUAGACAUUGCUUUAUUUUCAGUAUUUCAUGUAGUGAUUUAAUUGAUAGUUUUAUUAUAAACCAGUUGAUGGUGAUCGACUGAUGCAUAGAUUGAUAUCUGGUAAUUUGACAAAAGAUUUGCUUCUUGAUAGAUAAAUGCCAUUCAUUUUUCCGGUGUCUUUCUUUGGUAGCUCUUCAGUCAUUCCCGCUAAAUAAUGGUACAAUUAAAUGCAUCAGUCAGACACCAUUAUUGCUACUAGUUUCUUUGAAGAAGAUUAAUUUCUUUAAACAGCACUUUGUCUACCUGGAAUCUGUUCAAUGUUACUUUAGAAAAUUGCUUUAAGCUGCUUGUAGUUUUUUAAAAUCUUUUUUCUAAAAUAUGCUAUUGUGUGAAGCUUUUGUGUACUGUGAAAUAGAAUAUUUCAUACUCAAUUUAUAAUUGAAAUCACAGUAUAGUUAUAUUGUUAUACAAAACAAAAUCAUAUGCAUUAAUAGCUCAACUGGCUUAGGAUUUUAUUUUAUUUUUUUAAUAUUUUCAAAUCAAAAAACAUAUAGUCAUUACAAGUAUAACCAGCUAUUGUACUUUUAUCGCACAGGCACAUACGCUAAAGCAUUUGGGAAACUGCCAUUGUCUGCAUUUUUUCUGUUUGUUAUGUUGGAGGACCUAGGUCUUCGGUCAGCUUCACACCACUGUUGAGACUGUGUUUUGACCCCUGCCCUCUUGCAAGUAUUGUUUCAAAAAUGUGCGACACUCAUCCAUUCACACUCAAGUGCCUUGCCUUAGAAAAUCUUAAUCAUUUGGUAGAAAUGAAGACUGUAUUUAAAAAAAAAAAAAAAAAAAAAAGUGCGGGUGGCCAAAGGCCGACACAAAGUUCUGGAAAAUAUUCCUCCAUUGUUAGCAGGAAUCUGCUUUCGUACGUAACUCCUUGCAUUGGCCUCCAAAUGAAGUUCACAAUUGUGUAGGCAGUAAUGGUAAGAGAUCAUAGGUUUUAUACAUGCUUUUGCCCUGAUGUCACACUUAAAAUAACUGUCCUCCCCUCCAAAAGUGGGCAGUGGUGCUUCUGGGUGAAUUCUGAUGCCAUUACAGUAUCCUUACAAAGUGUUUAGAAGCGAAUUAUGAGGUAGGUGUAUGCAAUCAGGAAGAAAAUCAUUAAUGUAUAUAUUUUAAAAGGAAAAAACUGGCACACUUUUUGUAAUGGAGUAAAAAUGAUUUGGUUCUGUAAUGUCUUCGCAGAAGUGCGGUGUUAAAUCUGUAAAUCGUGUUAUGUAUGAUGUGUUUAGGUUAAACUAAUUGAAAUGACCUACUACUGUGUUCACAAUGUAUUUGUGUUCAUGUACUUUGUGCUCUUAGUCCUUUAAUAUUUACAGCAAUGAGUGUUCAACAGAAAGCAACUUUGAGCGUGAAAACCUUUGCCGUAACGUGCAAUUAAGGUGGAAAUCAGGGAUAAACUAGCAGAUACUGGCCAGAAUAAGGGGAUGCGAUACUGUUACCUAAUUAGGUGACCCAGGAAUUUAAAUGUGUUAAAGGUUUUGAAAAGUGAAUACUGGAAUAUACCCCUACCCCCACAGUUAAACAGUAAAAACAAGUCAGUUUGCUUGUUUUUUAGUUUGCGUGUCCAGAAUUGCACAGGUUGCACUGGCAGAUGUCCCUUUCUUUAUAUGGAACAAUAUGAAUUAUACAUUUGAUGGUCUCUCUAGAGGUCAUUUGUAUGUAUGUAAUUAAUAGAUUUUUGGAAUGUAUUUUUGUUCAUUUGUAUUUUGAUGUGAUCUUUCCACCCUGACAAAUUCUUAAACCUAAAGAAUGAAAGGUUAGCCGUGUCAACUACUUUAUUAUCCAAAAAAUAAGCUUUAUAAAUAAGAUGCCUUAAUAGGUUUUGUCGAAAGUCAUUAAAUGUGUAAUGUGUCUCUUUUAUAUUAGGGAAGUUUGCCCGAAUAUGUGCUACUCAUUCAUAUUCAGAGGAUGGGGCACAUUGCAGAUUUGGCCCAAAGGCCCUCAUUAAAUAUUUUUGAAGGGUUCUAGACUUAUUUGGAAAAAAAAAAAACUGUUGGAAUGGAUAAAGCACAAAAUAAAAAAUGUGUAUGCAGGGGUUUGUUGGUUUAUGUCCUUGUACGUUUAAAUAAAUCAGUGCUAUAGCCAGUGUUAUAUUCAGGCUGUUUGAACGGUUACAAUUUUUAUAGCUAAGGCGUAGAGUAUUCUCUGUAAUGUAUGGUUUGACAUUUUGAAUGAAGGGGGUGGGGUGACUGCUGACAAUAUUAAUGGACUGCUUGCCCAUGUUUUGUAGUUUUGCCAAAGAAUUUACUGUUUUACAAAAUUCUGUGAUAUUUUUGCUUUUUUUAUUAUUACUGCAUUGUUAUUUCUAACAUUCUACAUGCGAAAUGGCUAGAGACCAGAUUUUCAGAAAUGACCAAAUCUAAUGUUUUGUUGAAAUUGUGUAUUUAUGGGGGACUAUUAUAACCACAGAAACAUUUUAUGGUUAGAAAAUUGUGGUUUAACAUUGAACUUGCACAAACUUAAAACAUGAUUUUUGAACAGCAGUAGUCUAUAUUGAAGGAAUGUGGGUAAAUGAAUGAAAUAUUUUACAGUGGCCAUAUGCAUUAACUAUUUCAAAUGUUUUUCUUUUUCUGCUGAACUGUAAUUUACUGGUAAAGCCGCUAACUCAGUGUUGCAUACAAAUGGUUGUGCACUGCAAUGCUGUGAAGUACAUUUGACUGUGAGGUGCUCUCUUUGGUUUUCAUUUGACUGGAUUAUCAUUACUAAAUGAUGUCACUCCCAUGAGCAGUAGUGUACACAUUGACAUGUGUAUUUACUUGAUUGGCAUACAGCAUCUGUGGCAGAUACAGACAGGUAGAGUUUUUGUGUACCUUGUGGCAGCUGUAGUUGAUCUCUCCUUGGCCUUAUACUGCACCACCUCACUAUGGUGCAUUCUUAGGGAAUGUAGGCUUUAUGGAAGGGCCCCCCAAAACCACACACACCACUGUAGAACACGCACGCAUACAAAAAGAACCCUAGCUCUCAAUUCCAUGGUUAAUCUAAUGAUUAUUGCAACAUUCGCAACAUAAUAAGUUUUAUUAUAUGUCCCUGAGUUUUGAUUGUGCCUUUUUGAUGCUACAUCUAAAGUUGUAGACCCCCUUGUAUGGCUUGUACUGAGCUAUUUGGAAUAGCUCCUGGUUGCCAGCAGUUCCACUUCCUUUCUAAACUGCUACAUAUCCAGUGUCUUCAGAAUGCUUCAUUCCUAGGUCUGGCUGCAUAGAGGACCAGCUACUCUUAAUACCCUCACAAGCCAUAAGUCUAUGGAACAUCUCUUAGGUGAACUGUGCACUAGCAAUACAUUCUAGUUUUCAGCCAUGAGAACUCACUGAAGAUAUGUGGCUAGUUGAUCAGUCCAAUUGAUUAUGUUACCAAAAGGAACAACACUAAUUUGAUGUUGAAAUCGCACCACUACUUUACUGUUUUAUGUUUAAUUAGGGAUUCAGUUUAGUUUUGUAUACUGAAUAUUAGGCAAAAAAAAUAGCCUGUUUUUGAUAUAUGUAAUGUGAGGGGAAAGCGUAGACAGAAAAUUACUUUUGAGAGUUUGACACUUAAAGGCCUCAAAACUAAAGCCUGACAGGCCUUAUAGGUGCUUGCUGAUGAAGAGACUUAGUGAGCCAAAUAAAAUCUCACCUUAGAAAUCACUGUCUGUGUCUGCCAUAGUUUCACUCAUUAUUCUUAUUAGUAACGAUAGAUGUAAAUUCCUUCCUUCUUUUAAAUGUUUGUGCAUUGGCCACACUGUUGAAAGCACUCAACAUGCAAACAGGCAGCUGGCACUGAAGAAAAGCACAGAGUAAAGCGAAGCAGCUUGUAAAUUGUUGUAUACAGGUGACGUUUCAUUAUUUGGGGCGUGGAUAAUCUUUUUGCAUCCACAGAAAAUAUUUUCUUUUUGUAUUAAUAUUGUAAUUAUUGGAUCUGAAUAUAUUUAUGCAAUCUCUUAUGGAUGUUAAAUAUAAAGCUCUGUUUGCAUUUAUUCGAAUGUCCAGGCAGUAAUUAAUUGAAAGUCUUGGCAGCAUUACCUAUCAAAGCAGAUAUUUUUUUCAGGAAGACUUUAAAUCGGGUGUACUUUCUGCUGCCCUACAGGUCCCCAGUUUCUGUAGGCUUCCUUUAUAGCCAGGCAGUUGCCUACCGUCAGUUAUGCUUAAUUGGCAACCUUAACAAUGAUCAUCUAUCCAGUUAUUAAAAAGAACUGAAAAACCUGCUGGAUUGUUCUGCUCUAAGUCCAGAGUGAUUAGCCCUACUUUAAAUGAGGUCCGAAUGACUGGAACCACUGUUCUGUAGUCCUCCAGAUUCAGGAGUUGUUUUAGUUCUUUAAUAUGGAAACCCAAGAUAUUGAAUGUACCAUCCAAAAUUGGAUAUUGGCCACUGGAAUAAGUUCAAGAACAUUUGAUUUAUUAUGUAGCAUUUAAUUUCAUGAGCUGGCUAUACUGUUCAAAUUCUUUAAAGGUUAAGAAUUUAACAAUGCCAUUUUCAAGUUUGUGUAUUUAUUAACCUAUUGAUAGUGGGGGACAAAAAGGAAAAAGUUUAUUUUCUCAGGGUUUUACAGUUAUAACUAGAAUUAGCUGUUUAGUUCUUACACACUUAGUUGCAUUUCAUAGAUUUAUUUGCUUAGUAUUUUAAUUGGGCUAGACCUUUAUUAAGAAACAACAUAUCGCUUAUUUUGGUAUGUAUUAUUAAAUAGAAUAGCUUAUUCUAAUUAGUGUUUAAAUAUUAUUAGGAAUAUUACUGUUAGUAUAUUAAUUUGUGUAUGUGAUGUCAACAUAUGACCUUAAUGACAUAUUAUGGGAAUUUUCCUGUGUUUAAUUUAUCAAAGCCUUUACAUGGAAUAGCUAGAAAGUGUCUAGAAAGGAUUGAACACCUGAAUGGCUUUUUUCUGUAGAAAUAAAAUAGAUUGUAUUAUUUAUAAUGCAUAAUCAUUUACUUGUAGUGUAUUGUUUAAAAUUGUUAACACUUGUUCAAAUUUUUUACACUAUAGCAUUUAUGCAAUGGUUUACAGAAUUCAUUGAAUUAUUUUUAUCAUUAUGGGAAUUAAAAUAAUUUUGGAUCUUAAAAA